UUGAACUUACUUUCUCUAGUCCCAAUGUAUAUUUUUUUUUUCCGAUAAAACAAAUAUGAGUUAUCUUAUUAUAAACUGACAUAAUUUUCUUAUCUGGUAGGUUUACAAUUGUCCCUCCUCAUGCACUGCGAGUUCCAAUGGAGAUUUUCCAGUGCUUGUCUUGCAAUCUUUUCCUUGCUUUCAUGUUCAUCGUAGUGGUCUCAGGCAUUGAUCCCUACUCGGAGGCCCUUCUGAGUUUAAAAUCUGAACUCGUAGAUGACUAUCACAGUUUGAAUGACUGGCUUUUGCCGUCUGGGGGGAACUCAGUACCUGGAGAAAUAUCUGCAUGUUCUUGGUCUGGCAUCACUUGCAACAAGAACAAUACCUUUAUUAUUGGUCUAGACCUGUCUAUGAAGAAUCUUGCUGGUGUGAUGUCAGGGAAGCAUCUUGAUGUCUUCACUGAGCUUGUUGAUCUCAACCUCAGCCACAACUCUUUCUCUGGGCAGUUUCCUGAAGAAAUUUUCAACCUCACCAGCCUAAGAAGCUUAGAUAUCAGGAGAAACAACUUUUCUGGCCACUUUCCUGGUGGAAUAUCUGGGCUCCGGAACUUGGCUGUUUUUGAUGCCUUCAGCAACAGCUUUUCAGGGCCAUUGCCUGUUGAAAUUUCGCAGCUUGACUAUCUCAAGGUUCUUAAUUUAGCUGGAAGUUAUUUUAAGGGGCCAAUCCCAUCAGAAUAUGGUUCUUUCAAGAGCCUUGAGUUUAUUCACCUGGCAGGAAAUUUUCUCAGUGGUAAUAUACCACCAGAACUGGGUAAACUCAAAACAGUGACCCAUAUGGAGAUUGGCUACAACACGUACGAAGGAAGUAUUCCAUGGCAAUUGGGCAACAUGAGCGAGCUUCGGUAUCUUGAUAUUGCCGGUGCAAACCUCUCUGGCCCAAUACCAAACCAACUCUCCAAUCUCACCAAGCUGCAUUCACUUUUUCUCUUCCGAAACCAGCUAACUGGACUGAUACCAUGGGAGUUCAGCAGAAUCAUGCCUCUCACAAGCUUGGAUCUUUCCGAUAACCAAAUUUCUGGGCCUAUACCAGGUAGCUUUGCGGAGUUGAAGAACCUGAAACUGCUCAGUCUUAUGUACAACAUGAUGAAUGACACUGUCCCUGAAGGCAUUGCAGAACUCCCAUCACUCGAGACUCUUCUUAUAUGGAACAAUUUCUUCUCUGGGUCACUUCCACAGAGCCUGGGCAGACACUCCAAACUCAAAUGGGUGGAUGUUUCCACAAACAAUUUCUUAGGUAGUGUUCCUCCUGAUAUAUGUUCAGGAGACAUGCUGUCGAAGUUGAUCUUGUUUUCAAAUAAAUUUACUGGCAGUCUCUCACAACCACUUUCCAAUUGUUCUUCACUUGUUCGUCUUCGACUUGAAGAUAAUUCGUUCUCAGGUGAGAUCCCUCUAAGAUUCAGCUAUCUUUCCGAUAUCACUUAUGUGGACUUGUCGAUGAACAAGUUUACAGGAGGGAUUCCCGCAGAUAUAUCCCAAGCUUCCAAGCUUCAAUAUCUCAAUAUUUCCAACAACCCAGAAUUGGGAGGCGUAAUCCCCCCACAAUUGUGGUCUUUGCAACAUCUUCAAAACUUUUCAGCGUCUUCUUGUGGUAUCUCAGGCAAUCUUCCUGCAUUCCACGCUUGCAAAUCCAUUUCUGUUGUCGAACUGAACAUGAACAAUUUAUCAGGAAAUGUCCCGAAAAGUAUUUCUAAUUGCCGGGCCAUGGAGAGAAUGGAUUUAGGAAACAAUAAUUUUUCAGGCCAGAUACCUGAAGAGCUUGCAAGUCUUCCUGCUCUUGGUGUCCUAGACCUAUCACACAAUAGUCUCAAUGGCCCAAUACCUGUAAAGUUCGGCAGUUCUUCAAGCUUGCUACUUCUGAAUGUGUCCUUCAAUGAAAUCUCUGGUUCCAUUCCCUCCGAAAAGCUAUUUAGAUCAAUGGGUAGCAGUGCAUUUGCUGGAAAUCCACAGCUCUGUGGAGCACCCCUCCGACCAUGUGCUGGUUCAAUGGCAAUUUUGGGAACUAAAGGCACGGGUAAGAUUAUUUGGGUCUUGCUACUGUGUGCAGGGGUGGUUAUAUUCAUUGCAGCAUCAGCUCUUGGUAUAGUUUAUCUCCAGCGAGGAUUUAAAGGCCAAUGGAAGAUUGUCUCGUUUCCUGGACUCCCUCGAUUCACAGCAAACGAUGUUUUGAGGAGCUUCAGUUCUACAGAAUCCAAAGAAACAGUGCAAGCACCUUCAGCUUCAGCAUGCAAGGCAGUCCUGCCUACAGGUAUAACGGUUCUGGUGAGGAAAAUCGAAUGGGAAGCUAAGAGAAUGAGGGAAAUGUCAGAGCUCAUAACACGAAUGGGAAAUGCGAGGCACAAGAAUUUGAUUAGAUUGCUGGGAUUUUGCUAUAAUAAGCAUUUGGCUUAUGUAUUGUAUGAUUACUUGCCAAAUGGGAAUUUAGCUGAGAAAAUAAGAAUGAAAAGAGACUGGACAGCCAAGUACAAAAUUAUAGUUGGGAUUGGAAAGGGACUUUGCUUCCUUCAUCAUGACUGUUAUCCAUCAAUUCCUCAUGGAGACUUGAAGUCGAGUAGCAUAGUGUUUGACGAAAACUCGGAACCCCAUCUGGCAGAAUUUGGGUUCAAAUAUCUGCUACAGUUGAAUAAAGGUUCCUCUCCAGCAGUCUCCAACAAGGAAACAGGUGAGUUCCAUAGUGCAGCCAUUAAAGAGGAGCUUUACAUGGACGUUUACAACUUCGGAGAUAUCAUUCUGGAAAUUUUAACCAAUGGCAAGUCGACAAAUACAGGAACAAGCUUCCACAACAAGCCAAGGGAGGUUCUUUUGAGAGAAAUUUACAAUGAGAAUGAAGUUUAUUCCAACAUCACUGUGCAAGAGGAGAUCAAAUUGGUUCUUGAAGUUGCUUUUCUCUGUACAAGGAGCAGGACAUGUGAUCGGCCAUCCAUGGAAGAUGCACUGAAGAUGUUGUCAGGGUUGAAGCCACAAGACAAUAAAAUCACCUCAAAAUCAGGGAGGCUAUGAUCUCUGUUACAUAUUACCAUAUUAAAUCAAAAUUACUAAUAAUGCAAAUAGUUAGCUGAGAAGAGUGUCUGUGAGUAGGUAUUUGGUCUCUAUAUAGCUUGCCUUUUUGUCAUAAAUAUUAGAACUGUUUUGCUGUAUAAUAGUGGCCUAUAAAGGUUGGUACCCUUCAGCAAUCCUCUUGGAGUUGGGGGUACGUACUUUAUUUA